UGUAGCUGCCAUGAAGACUGCAGAACCAACCACUCAUAUUCUUCCAGGCACCUUAUUUCCAUAGCUAAUACUACAGAAAAGAAAAUAACAAAACCCCGAAUCAAAUGAGCUUCCAACGGUUUUAUGAGACCUGGUUCGAGCAGCUCCACCAGCUUAUGAACCAACUCAACCGAGCACCGCGUCAGCCAACGGCGGAGGAAGAGAACCACCAGCUGGUUCAGAAGGUUAUGUCCCACUACUCCGAGUAUUACCGAGUUAAAUCGAUCGUUGCCAAGCAAGAUAUCCUGUCAGUCUUCACUGCACCGUGGGCCACAACCCUUGAGCGAUCCCUCCAUUGGAUUGCCGGCUGGCGGCCCACCACCGCCUUCCACCUUAUUUAUACUGAGGCCAGCAUCCGUUUCGAGUCACAAAUCUUUGAUAUCCUACGUGGGCUUCGUAAUGGGGACCUCGGUGACCUCUCCCCAGCCCAGUUCCGCCGUGUAAGUGAGCUUCAAUGCGAAACUGUCCGGGAAGAAAAUGCUAUCACUGAUGAACUCUCUGAAUGGCAGGAUGGGGCAAGUGAUUUCGUGGGAAUGCAUAGCGAUGGUGAUGGUGGAAAGAUGGAAGUGCUGGUGAGAGUGGUGGAAAAGGCUGAUCAGCUGCGGCUGAAGACUAUUGAUAAAUUGGUUGAGCUGUUCACCCCACGACAAGCUGCAGAGUUCUUGAUUGCGGCCGCCCACCUCCAGUUUGGUGUCCGAGCAUUGGGUGCCACUUAUGAUCGUCGACUCUAAUGUUAUUGUUGCAGAAGUAUUGCAUCAAUAAAAUUAGUCCUAUCUAUCAAUAAAUUUGAAGCAUCUAUCCAUCUCUUGACAAUAUUUGAGUUCAAAAAAUCGA